AUGACUGAGAGAAAGCCUAGCUAUGAGCAGGAGGAGUUGAAGAAACAGUAUUAUGGAGACCAGGACAAGCAGGCAGCAGAACAUACCUUGUACAACCAAUAUGAGGAAAAGAUCCGACCCUGCAUUGAUCUCAUCGAUAGCCUGAGAGCUCUUGGAAUAGAAAAAGACCUGGCUUUGCCCGCGAUUGCAGUCAUCGGAGACCAGAGCUCUGGGAAAAGCUCCGUCCUAGAAGCCCUGUCUGGUAUUGCACUUCCUAGGGGCAAUGGUAUUGUUACUCGAUGUCCUUUGGAACUUAAACUGAAAAGAAUACCUGCUACCGAGGCAUGGAAAGGGAAAAUCUGUUACCGCCACUUCCGCAUAGACCUCCAGAAUGCCUCAGAGGUGGAGAAAGCAAUAAGAGAAGCCCAGGAUGUCGUGGCUGGUACCAGAGGUGCCAUUAGUGGAGAACUAAUUUCCCUAGAAAUUCGGUCCCCAGAUGUCCCAGAUCUGACACUAAUUGAUCUUCCUGGAAUUGCGAGAGUGGCCAUGGGGGAUCAGCCAAAAGACAUUGGGGAACAGGUAAAAUUCAGUCUCAUAUGCCAAC